CUGAGCUGAUGCGAGGGUGCCCAUAGUCACCAGACAUUGACAAAACGCCCCUUGACGCUGUCACAUCUCUCCGCGGAGGUAAGUCAGCCGAGGCGUUCCCGUUCCUGACGUUGCUGCAACCCUGUCGUAGCCCGAUUAGCUAGCAGCCCUACACCCCGGAUUCAUCCGUCAUAUCUACCCGUCUUCUAUUGCGAAACUCUUGUGUUCCCAACCCUUUCUUCUCCGUCAUCCAGUUUCUUUACCUUCCAGUCCUCUUCAACUCAGCCUACGCAUCUCGACCCCCACCCAUUCGCUCCGGUCGAACGUCACCGCCCCCACCAUCCCACCAUGGCUACCCAAGCGCACUGCGCGUUCUGCUUCGAAACUCUCGUCGCAAGCCUCGAGAAGCGCCCUGCCCUAACACUCGCUCAAGUCGAACACCUCUGGGUAAAGUACAACACCGAGCCUACUACAACCUCUGAGCUCGAAGACGAGACCGAAGCGGAAGAAGCAGAUCAGGCCGCCGCACAGGUAGAUGGCUCCCACAGACCCGCCGCGAUAUCGCGUAUCCUCGCCUCCCCGCCCUCGUCCGCAAGUUCGUCAAGCCGGCAAAGCGCGAAUUCGACGCCCAGCGGUCUAAGCAGCGAGACACCAAGUAGUAUCACAAGCCAGAGCAGCAGCUCUACAAACCUGGUCGAUAAGGAGGAAGAGGCAGAAGAGCAUCCCUUGUUCGUAACAUGGAACACGGUUUCGCGCUCCGGCGACAAGCGACUUCGAGGCUGUAUCGGAACCUUUGCAGCCCAGCCCCUCACCACGGGACUCUCAUCCUACGCGCUCACUGCCGCAUUCGACGAUACGCGUUUCUCGCCCAUUAGCACAAGCGAACUACCUACCCUAGCAUGCGCAGUCACGCUCCUCACAGACUUUGAGCCCGUGGACGAUGCUAUGGAUUGGGAAAUUGGCACACAUGGCUUGCGGAUUAGCUUCCAGGAAAAGGGCAGGCGAUACGGCAGUACGUAUCUGCCUGAUGUGGCGAGCGAACAGGGAUGGACCAAGGAAGAGGCGCUGGUUAGUUUGAUGCGGAAGGCGGGGUGGGGUGGUAAGAAGGCGGAUUGGAACAAGGUCGCGUUGAAGGUCACGAGGUACCAGGGCAAGAAGGUAGCGUUGGGGUGGGGCGAGUGGAGGAGUUGGAGGGAUUGGGUUGACGAGGAGAUUGCGGAUGUUUAGAUGUGAAGAGUGAACUAUUUUGGCUCUUUGUGAUUAGAGCUAUAGAAAGCUACGGAUGAAGGGAUGCAUCAUGAUUAACGAUGAUAAUGGAUAGCGAUGGCGCUACAGUAGGGAUAUACAUCGACGGACUCGAUAGACAAGAAAGUUCGAUACCCCUUGAUAAUGAAUAACGACUUCUUUUACCACAGCCGGAGUCGCAUAUGACUGCAGCAAGUACU